AUGUACAUUGGUGAUGACAAGUUCAGUAGUUAUGUUAAGGAUGCAAAUGUUGGUGAAGCAAAUUUUACCAAUUAUGGCCAAUCUUUCAAUGAAGAUGCUGAUGUAUUCACUGGCUAUGGAAAAGGGGCCAAUGGCCCACAUAUUAAUUUCAACGACGCCAGAGUUGCAGAGAAAGGCAGUACCUGGUGGCGGCGCUUGGUGUGGAGUCGCCGCCGUUACUGUUUGCUACUGGAUACUCUUGUUGGAAAGGAGACUGGCUUAGGAUGGGAUUGCGAGAAAAAGAUAAUUCAAGCGAAUUCUGAAUGGUGGAUUAGGAAGAUCAAGGAAAAUCCAAAUGUAGAAAAAUUCAGAGAAAAAGGUUUACAAUGUCGAGAGUUGAUGGAAAUGUGUUUUAAAGAUGUUGUUGCUACCGGUGAGCAUGCAUGGGCGCCAUCAUCUGGGAUUUUACCGGAUAGCAUACUUGGAAGUCGUUGGUUUCAAGAUGAGAAAGAAUUCGAGUUUGACACUCCAACGAGUAAUGAAGAGGUUAUUGUGGAUGAUUACUUAAGAAGUGACACAAGAGAAGGCUUGGAUCAGAUUAACCUAGAAGAACCAGAAUUAUUUGAAAAAAGAAACACCAAUGAAAGUGGUAACAAAACGAAAAAAAGAAAAGCAUCAUCAAUUACAACUGAAAAGGAAAAAAACAAAGUCAGUACAGGUAUAAUGAUCGCGAAAUCAAUGGAGAAAAUUGCAGAAGCUGUGCAAUUUCGUGCUGGAAUGAGUGUGGGGCCAAAAAACACUCCACUCGAUAUUCAAAGUGUUAUGGAUGUUGUCCGUAACUUGCCUGGUAUGGUUGUUCGUAGUGAACUAUGGUGGAAAGCGAGUAUGUUAUUGGUCAAGCAACCAAUGAGAGAAAUGUUUUUAGCACAGAAAGACCCACAGUCACAAUUGGAGUGGUUGGAAAAGAUACCUUAACCUCACAAGGACUAGAAAUUAAAGAUGUCAUUUUUGCUACAUUUGGAUUUUAUGUUUCUUGCAAGUUAUAAUUCGAACUUUUAUUCAUUAUUUAGAAU